GAAGAAGCAGAGCGGCGCCGAGUUCUUAAAACAUCAUUGUCUUGGCGAUAAAAUCAGCCAGAGAUUCAGUGUGCUCUGACCGCUCGACUCGAUUAGACAACACAUCAAAGUUCAGCACCAUGGCCGAUGAGAAGAAGAAGGUUAAGAAGAAGAAGACCAAGGAAGAGGGUGGUACUUCAGAAACCGCUUCUGAGGCCGCAUCUGAGGCAGCAACCCCGGCACCAGCCGCAACUCCUGCCCCGGCCGCCUCCGCCACUGGUUCGAAGAGAGCGUCGGGCGGUUCUCGGGGCUCCAGGAAGUCGAAGCGCGCUGGCUCCUCGGUCUUCUCUGUGUUCUCGCAGAAGCAGAUCGCCGAGUUCAAGGAGGCCUUCCAACUAAUGGAUGCCGACAAGGACGGUAUUAUUGGCAAGAACGAUCUGCGCGCUGCCUUCGACUCCGUCGGCAAGAUCGCCAACGACAAGGAGUUGGACCAAAUGUUGGGCGAGGCCUCGGGUCCCAUCAACUUCACCCAGUUGCUGACCCUGUUCGCCAACCGCAUGGCAACCUCCGGUGCCAACGAUGAAGACGAUGUUGUUAUUGCUGCCUUCAAAACAUUCGAUAACGAUGGUCUCAUCGACGGUGACAAAUUCCGCGAUAUGCUCAUGAACUUCGGUGACAAGUUCACCAUGAAGGAGGUUGAUGAUGCCUACGAUCAGAUGGUGAUCGACGACAAGAACCAGAUCGACACCGGCGCCCUGAUCGAGAUGCUCACCGGCAAGGGUGACGAGGAGGAGGAGGAGGCCGCCUAAGGCAACCGUUCACAUCCUAACUUCUAACUCAACAUCCAUAUUACAGCCAGAAACCAAUAUCAGAAACGUUAAAAUCAAUCAGUCAAAUCAGUAAUAAUAAACGUAAUUAAAAGAAAUGCUCGUUUACAUAUGUAGAUUCUCAGUAUCUUGUAAUCUCUCUUUUGUUAACCAUCGACAUCGACACCGAUACCGAUCCGAUUCAAGAUCAAUCGAACAACACAACAACAUCCUGAUCACUGAUCACUGAACAACUGAACAACUGAACAACUGAACAACUGAAACUUCUUCAACAACACCUUUGGUAGCGAUCAACAAGCAAGCAAGACCAACUCGUAGCCAUUUACCAUGUAUCUGUCCAUCAUAGUUAGGGAUACCUAUUUACGAUCACGUUCAAUGUCACAGCACUAACAGCACUGAAACUGAAACUGAACUGACGCGUAGUUUUCUAGUUGAUUUACUGUUAAAUUUUACACGUAAAAUUUAUAAAACAAAAAUGCAAAAUCUAUUUUAUUUAAAACACCUAUAAAAUCAACAAAAAAACUUAAAAACAACAACCAAGCAAUGUCUAUUUUUAUCGCUGUCCGUUGAAGAAACCGCAGAGAGAUGACGAGAUCGAGAUCGAGGAUCGAGGAUCGAGGAUGAUGAUGAUGAGGUGGAGGAGAUGAUAAUGAUGAUGUAGGGAGGAAUGAUGACGAAUAUGGAUGCGAUUAUGAUUAUGAAUAUGAUGAUGAUGAACAGGAGGAGGACAAAGAUGAUGAUUAGUGGGUAGCUAGGUCGAGUUCGUUAGGCCUGCUCUCACGACGUUUUUGAAUUGAAUUUGAAUUUGAAUUUUGAACAUGAACAAUUUGUUUAGCGAGUUUUGUGAGUUUUGAUGUUUUUCGUUCGAUUUCGUUGAUUCUCGCAGGACCAGGAGAGAGAGAGGCAAAACCUAUAUAAACUAUAUAUAUGUAUAUUAACUGAGAGCCAAUUAUAUAUAUCCUUCUAUAAACACUAAAUAUUUUUAUCGUUAUGCAUAUCUAUCGUUCGUUACUCAGUUUCAAUUUCAAUAUCAAUUAUCAAUUAUCAACUAUGAGUUAUCAAUAUUAUUGCAAGUUAUCGAGAGUUAGGCUAAAAUAACAGAGAAACAUUAAGUUCAUUCACUGUAAUGUUUUAUGCGAAUUUACAUAACUAAAUGACUUAACUUAAUCACCAACCACCACCACAACAUCUUUCUGCUUAUGAACUAUCAGCGUUAUAAACAAACAAACAAACCAAGAACCCAAUUAUGAUAUCUGAAAUAUGAAGAAACGAUCAAAACAACCAACCAACCCCAGUGUUUCUAGUUAAAUAACUUCGAGGAGGAACCAACUCCGCCCUGGGAUUUGGCGGGGCGGAGGCCAGGAUUUGUCAUCUGGUAGUUUUAUUUUUGGGGCUCUCCCUAUCGAGGGCCCAGACCAUGAACCACUAGUACCUAGGCUGAUCCGAGGAUCAGGACACUAACACUCGACACGAGCACACAUCAUUACACACUCUAGACACACACUAUCAUACACUCUAAACACAACAAAUGUUGUUAAAUGCGAAUCGAAUCUUUACUUCAGUAUAAAUUAAGCUACACACACACACACAUAAGGCAAGAUGAGAAGAAUCUAAAAAAUUUUUAACCCGGUCAGAAAUAUUAACAAAACAAAUUAAAAAAAAAAAACAAACAAGUAUACAAAGAAAACAAAAAAAGAUAAAAAAAAGGAAGAAAACUAAGAACUGUUUUUAUACAACUUAAUUAAAUGAUGAUCAUACAAUGACGAAGUCUUGAAAUAAAGCAUAAGCGAGUCGUCUUGAUAAAAAACACA